AUGUUUGAUGUCCAGAUGGCCGACGAUAAGAAGCUAGGCGUCACCCACUCCAUCCGGGAAAGACUAAAUUUCCUCGAUGAGCGUCUUUGGAAGCGGUUUCUGGCUCGCAGGCUCGAACUCAUCGACACUAUGGACUUGAGUCUGAAGAAGGCGAGCGAACAGGAGGACGAGAUCAAGAAGGCGGCAGAGAUCCUUCGCUUGGAGUUUCACUAUGAUCAGGACUACUUUCCGGACUUCGAUAAGCUCGUUCGGGCUGCUGUACAGAGUGUGAGACGAAAUCGGAAACGUUCAACGAAAACCCGUCGAACCAACAUGAAGAAAAGACGACUUUCCAAUGACCAUGACACUCCUGAGUUGCAUGUUAAAGAUGAGAAUUUGAUGGACAGUGAAGGCAGUGACCGGUCGCAGUUUCUUCUGGAGAUCGCAAGGCUCAAUACUGUUGGUCAAGAGGUUUAUGACAUGAGCUACUCCAGAGCGAAGACUUUCACCAGCGACGACCAUCUGAGAGCAGCAAUUGACUCCAUCAUCCAACCUGUGAAUUUGGAGAGUAGAGGGCCUCACUUGGGCGUACUACUUCCCCCACUCGCAGGAGGAACAGUAAUUGGGCUGCUGCUGGCCACCAAUGAAAAGGAGCUUCUGGCUAUUCGGCUCUCGCUCUUGCUACUAAUGAAAAGAUCCAAACUGUGUCUUGAGCAUACUAAAAAAUCGGACUCCAACUACAUGCGAGUGUUGGGUCAGUCGGCCAUCAUGUCCAUUUCUGCCAUGGUGUUUGACAAAUCAUUCUCUGGUCUUAGCGAAACAUCUGUCGAGUACUUAAAGGAGAAGGUGACGCUGUCUUCGUUUUUGGCCCGUUUCUAUCGCAGCCUCGAACCACAAUCGGCAGUCACGGAAGCUCUAGACGACGACACCGCGGCAUUGACAUUUCAGACUCUCAUAGGCUGCUGCAUCAAGGAUUUCGGCUACGACCGCAUUCUUUUCCAGGUGGGCGAGGCCUUCUACCGUAGUAUCUUGCUUGAGUAUCCAUUGGUGCUGAAAUCAUCUACACCCUUCCUUCGUUCUGAGAUGGAUGCCUCUCAGAAGAACGAUGGUGACGAACACCAGAAGUUCCUGACGUCUCUCACGAAUUUGGCCACAGUCGCCUCCGAACUUCGCAGCCAUCUCCCCUCAGUAUCCCCUGGAAUGUCGUUCGAGCCUGAGGGAGACCAUCUACAGAAGAAACUGGUGGUUCUCCGGUUCUUGCUGUCUUCAUUGGAAUUUACAUAUCCUAUGAAAGGCUCGGCGCCUCCACGACUUGUUGAACUCAUGGAGAACGCCAAACAAGCCUUCAAGCUCAAUGACAACCAGAUCUUUGCAUUGCGCAACCAGAAAACGUCGGUGGUCAUCAAUUCAGAUUUCGACUUGGAGAAGAUCUUUGAGCAAGAGUCCAACAUCGAGCUCGAGAUCUUCCCUCAAAGAUUCCAGGCCAUUCCAAUCUACGAAUUGACGUCGGCAGUCACCUCUACAAAGUAUAGCGACGACUCGCCCAAGAUCAUCCUACCUCCUCCUAUCACUCACUCCAAUUCACUGGUUCUUCCUGGUCCCAUCAGCCGUCCACUGCUGAACGGGUACCCUCGGCCUCCUAUGUUGCCAAAGUUCCAGCCAUUAUUGUGA